GAGGGCCUUUUUCUAGUUUGUUGAGGCCUUUAUUUCGUUCAGACUUGGUAGCCAAUGGGUUGAUUGAUGUCCUUCGGAAACGCCGCGUUCCAAGCAUAGGGAGUAGCGAGGCCGUGAGUUCUUCUGGAUGUGGAGGAGAGAGGAUUGAUUGCUAUUCUUUCGCAUUGAGAAGGAGACGGUGAGCCUUCGUAUUGUGUGACAGGGAGAGGAGGAGGGAGGAUUGAUGGCUAUCCUUUCGCAUUGAGAAGAAGGCGGUGAGCCUAUGUAUUGUGUGACUGGGAGAGGAGGAGGGGAUGCCGAGGUCGUAGCAGUUUGCUCUUGAUCGGAUGUGGUGUUAGUGACUCGGUGCGAGAGCUGCUUGUCAACUCUUUUGAGAAGAUUUCGGCGCUUUGUGUCUUGAAGGAUGUGUCGAGUUCUUGAAGACAUGGAGAAAUUUCCUUCCGUUACUUGGUUUGAGAUUGACUUUUUUGCCGAUUCAGUGGCACUGGAAUCUAUUGUGACUCAGCAACCUGCUCCAGGAAUGGGCCUGCUUGCGGCGGUGCUACCGCUGCGUCCUGGCUACUCAGAUUACUUAUAGCUCACACCCUUAAGCAAUCACCCCUUUCGGAGAUGAAUGGCGGCUCUUCAUGCGGAGGUCAGAUAGAAUAUGGACGGUUACCUUGUCAAUACUGGUACUGCAGGGAGGCAGAUUUAAAGAACUACGUCAGAGGAGAAUGGUACAGAAUAGCUUUUUGUGUGCAUCACACGGAUCAGAAAUCACUGGAUAAUUCAUCCUCGGUACUGUGAAGGGUUUUCCCGAUCACAGAUUAUUAUCAAAGCAUGGAGCGGUAUAAGGUUAUGAGGCAGUUGGGAGAUGGGACCUAUGGAAGUGUGUGGAAAGCAUUUAAUAAUGGUACCAAUGAAGUUGUGGCGAUAAAGAAGAUGAAGAGGAAGUUUUACUCGUGGGAUGAAUGCAUGAAUCUUAGAGAAGUCAAGUCUCUGAGGAAGCUGAAUCAUCCAAAUAUUGUGAAGUUGAAGGAGGUUAUCAGAGAAAACGAUGAACUAUUUUUUGUGUUCGAGUACAUGGAGUACAAUCUGUAUCAGCUUAUUAAGGAUAAGGACAAGCCUUUUUCUGAGUCCGAAGUAAGGAGUUGGGCUUUUCAAAUUUUGCAAGCGUUAGAGUACAUGCACAAGAAUGGCUAUUUCCACAGAGAUCUGAAACCAGAGAAUUUGCUGGUCACGAAGGACGUGAUUAAGGUUGCUGAUUUUGGUCUUGCGAGGGAAGUACAGUCAUCUCCACCGUACACAGAUUAUGUCUCUACUCGUUGGUAUCGAGCACCAGAAGUGCUUCUGCAGUCACCAACCUACUCCGCCGCUAUAGAUGUGUGGGCUGUGGGAGCAAUAAUGGCCGAACUCUUCACACUUCGUCCACUUUUUCCUGGAGCAAGCGAGGUCGACGAAAUAUACAAAAUAUGUUCUGUGAUUGGCUCUCCUAGUUAUCAGACAUGGUCUGAGGGCAUGAAGCUGGCAUCUUCUUUGAGUUUUCAGUUUCCUCAGCUUUCACCUACAAAUCUAUCUCACCUGAUUCCGACUGCCAGCCCAGAAGCGAUCAAUCUUAUAUCUGCUAUGUGCGUCUGGGAUCCCAGUAAAAGGCCGACAGCAGCGCAGGCAUUGCAGCAUCCCUUUUUCCAGAUUCAUAAACGUAAUCCAGUUCCUACUCCAACAUACGAGUUUGUCCAGCCCAAGACAUUCAUUCCGACAGCUUUGAAGCCAAAUUUUGCGACCAACAAGGAAUCUGAAGGUCAAGCAGGAUUUAAGCGCGGGAUAAGGAAUUGGACUAAGGAGAAUCGUACAGCAGGUCAAUAUGGCAGUGGUAAAGUGAGGCCAGCUGUCAACAGGUCUUAUGUUAGUCCAGGCAGUGAGCUAAAACUCGUCCCACCUAUAUCCUAUGCCCGUGGUCCCGUAGUCCCAGUUGUCAACUCCCCGAUGCCAUUUCUUCCAACUCGGUGUUAUCCUGCUGUCUUAUCCUCCAAUGCUAGUUAUGGUAGACCCUACAUGGCAGGCGGAGAGACCUAUCAGCAGGCUUUUCACGCAUUGCCUGCCAUUACUGCUAACCAUCGACGUGGUUACAACAUCAGAAACUCCUACAAUAUGACAGUCGCAUGAUUUGCGGGGGUUGAAAUACGUUCAUUUCACCAGUUUUAGCAGAGUGUAUUCACUCUACUACGAUUGCUGAAGCAUCUUUCGAUUUGACCAUGAACAGAGCGGUGAAAUAGGUUCUUGGAUGUUUAGAAGUAUGGUCAGGAGAAGGUUUUAUAUGCAGCGGAGGAUUCGUGCUUAAUAUUUUAGAAUGAAGUGCUUGUGGAUGAGCAUGUCCAUGUUUUUCAGUUGCCUUGAUGGCUAUGCGUUGGAAUAGAAAACUAGUAUGUGGGGAAGCAGAGACGUUGGGGAUGAAUAUAAAGGCUAGGUCAUUUCCUGCCCAUUAGCCUUUCAGAGUGUUUGUCUUGGAUGCAGUUGAGUUGGGUAGAUUCAGACCUUUGUUAACCAGGCGAACCAGACUGAUGAUUUUAAAGAUUAUCAUGAUGAUGAGCCUUCAAUCGACAUGCUGGAGUGUUCAGAGCGUGGCUUGUCUUCAUCUGUCCUCCAUUUUCUGUAAUAAUUUCCUUCGGGAUUACUAAUGUAAACGAGUUAAUUUUUGUGAUGGACUUUAA